AUGUCGGACCCAAUUAGCGGCCUUUCUCGCGGCUACGGUUUCGUCCGCUUCUCCGAUGAGGCAGACCAACAGCGUGCCCUUACCGAGAUGCAGGGCGUUUACUGCGGUAACAGACCCAUGCGCAUCAGCACUGCUACUCCUAAGAACAAGAACCAGCACGCCGGUCCUGGCGGCAUGGGUGGUAUGCCCGGCGGUCCCGUUGGCAUGUACGGCAUGGGCGCCCCUCCUCUUGGUUUCUACGGUGCUCCUCAGCCCAUGAACCAGUUCACCGAUCCUAACAACACCACCGUUUUCGUUGGCGGUCUUAGUGGCUACGUCACCGAGGAUGAGCUCCGCUCCUUCUUCCAGGGCUUCGGGGAAAUCACAUACGUCAAGAUCCCUCCCGGCAAGGGCUGCGGUUUCGUCCAGUUCGUUCAGCGUCACGCUGCUGAGAUGGCCAUCAACCAGAUGCAGGGCUACCCCAUCGGUAACUCGCGUGUCCGCCUCAGCUGGGGUCGCAGCCAGAACAACUCUGGCCCUGCUGGCACUCCUUACCGCCCUGCUCCCCCACCACCAGUUUACCCUUCCAUGGGUAUGCCUCCUCAGCACCCUUACGGUGGCUUCGCCCCCAUGAAAGUGAGUGGACAGCAACAGCAGCAACAGCAAUUCUGGUCGCCAGAUGCCUCUAACCAUCAACAGUAA